CGAGAGGUGGGGCGGGUGGUUGGUUCCGAACCUCUCUCUCAUCUCUUUUUAUCUCUCUCUCUCUCACACAAACUCAAUCCUCACCACAUUUCCACAUUCUCCACAAACGCCUCUCUCUCUCUCUCUCUCUCUCUCACUCUCUCCCUCUCAGCUGCUUCACUCCUCCAAUGGCGGCGUUGCAGUCACUGGCUCCUGUUCCUCAGCUGCUUCACUCCUCCAAUGGCCGCUCCCCGAUGAAAGGACUCUUUCUCGUCGAUUUUGUCGGCUACUGCAAAUCAAAGAGGACUCGCCGUAAAUUCAACGGAGCAUCCCAGCCUCUACGGACAAGCUUCCCUCAAUUCGUUUCCAAAGCCGUGCUCGACCUUGGACCCUCCUCUACCGAUCACUCAACUCCUCCUCCUCCUCCUCCUACUACGACUUCCAAACCUCAGGUUGCGGACCUGAAAGAUAUAAUAUCAGAAAGAGGAGCUUGCGGAGUUGGAUUCAUUGCCAAUCUGGACAACAAAGCAUCUCAUGGCAUUGUUAAGGAUGCUCUUACAGCUCUUGGCUGCAUGGAACAUCGUGGAGGCUGUGGAGCAGAUAAUGACUCUGGUGAUGGUUCAGGAUUGAUGAGUUCAAUCCCAUGGGAUCUAUUUAACAAUUGGGCUGACAAGCAAGGGAUUGCAUCGUUUGACAAGUUACACACUGGUGUUGGAAUGAUUUUCCUCCCCAAAGAGGACAACCUUAUGAAAGAAGCCAAAAAAGCUAUUGUGAAUAUUUUUAAACAAGAGGGUCUUGAAGUGCUUGGGUGGAGACCUGUUCCAGUGAAUACAGCUAUAGUUGGUUUCUAUGCAAAAGAAACAAUGCCCAGCAUACAACAGGUAUUCGUCAAAGUUGUUAAAGAGGAAAAAGUUGACAACAUUGAGCGAGAACUGUACAUAUGCCGGAAGUUAAUCGAAAGAGCAGCAAGCUCAGAAAGUUGGGGCAGUGAUCUUUAUUUCUGUUCUUUGUCCAAUCAAACAAUAGUUUACAAAGGAAUGCUACGCUCAGAAGUUCUUGGUUUAUUUUAUUCUGACCUCCAAAGUGACCUUUAUAAAUCCGCUUUUGCCAUCUAUCAUCGAAGGUAUAGCACAAAUACCACUCCUAGAUGGCCCCUUGCACAACCAAUGAGGUUACUUGGUCACAACGGAGAGAUCAACACCAUACAGGGGAACUUGAACUGGAUGCAAUCACGUGAAGCCUCACUGAAGUCACCUGUAUGGCAUGAUCGUGAAAAUGAACUUCGUCCAUAUGGCAAUCCAAAGGGUUCAGACUCUGCGAAUCUUGACAGUGCGGCUGAAUUCUUACUAAGAAGUGGCCGGACUGCUGAGGAGGCUCUGAUGAUUCUUGUCCCUGAGGGAUACAAAAAUCAUCCAACUCUGAUGAUUAACUAUCCAGAGGUGGUUGAUUUUUAUGAUUAUUACAAGGGUCAGAUGGAGGCUUGGGAUGGACCUGCUUUAUUGUUAUUCAGUGAUGGAAAAACAGUUGGGGCAUGUCUUGAUCGUAAUGGACUUCGGCCUGCUAGAUAUUGGCGGACAUCUGAUAACGUUGUUUAUGUCGCAUCUGAGGUUGGGGUUCUUCCAGUGGAUGAUUCAAAAGUUACAAUGAAAGGUCGUCUAGGUCCUGGAAUGAUGAUAUCUGUUGACUUACUAAGUGGUCAGGUUUAUGAGAACACAGAAGUUAAGAAGCGAGUGGCUUUGUCAAAUCCAUAUGGAAAGUGGGUGCAGGAAAACAUGCGGACCUUAAAGGCUGUGAACUUCCUUUCAUCCACAAUCGCGGACAAUGAUGCAAUACUGAGACGGCAACAGGCAUUUGGUUACUCGAGUGAGGAUGUCCAAAUGGUUAUCGAGACAAUGGCUUCACAGGGGAAGGAGCCUACAUUUUGCAUGGGUGAUGAUAUUCCAUUGGCGAUUUUAUCUCAGAGACCACAUAUGCUAUAUGACUAUUUCAAGCAACGGUUUGCGCAGGUUACAAAUCCAGCCAUUGAUCCUCUAAGAGAAGGGUUAGUUAUGUCUCUUGAAGUCAACAUUGGAGAGCGACGAAAUAUUUUGGAGGUUGGACCUGAAAAUGCAUCGCAGGUUAUCUUGUCAAGUCCUGUGCUCAAUGAAGGAGAACUUGAGUCAUUGCUUAAGGAUGCUCAGCUAAAACCCCAAGUUUUACCUACAUUUUUUGAUAUUCAUAAAGGGGUCGAUGGUUCCUUGGAAAAAACGCUGUAUAAGCUUUGUGAAGCUGCUGAUGAUGCUGUUCAAAAUGGUUGCCAAUUGCUUGUUCUGUCUGACCGGUCUGAUGAGUUGGAAGCAACUCAUCCUGCAAUUCCAAUCCUUCUUGCUGUUGGUGCUGUUCAUCAGCAUCUUAUUCAAAAUGGGUUGAGAAUGUCAGCUUCUAUAAUAGUGGAUACUGCUCAGUGCUUUAGCACUCAUCAAUUUGCCUGUUUGAUUGGAUAUGGUGCAAGUGCUGUGUGUCCAUACUUGGCAUUGGAGACAUGUCGGCAGUGGCGUCUGAGUAAUAAAACAGUAAAUCUAAUGCGGAAUGGGAAGAUGCCUACUGUAACGAUUGAACAGGCUCAAAAGAACUUCUGCAAGGCUGUUACGGCUGGUCUUCUUAAAAUUCUUUCCAAAAUGGGGAUCUCGUUGCUUUCAAGUUAUUGCGGUGCACAGAUUUUUGAGAUUUAUGGAUUGGGGAAGGAGGUUGUUGAUCUUGCAUUUUGUGGGAGUAUAUCAAGUAUUGGUGGAUUAACUUUUGAUGAGCUGGCGAGGGAAACUUUGUCCUUCUGGGUGAAGGCUUUCUCUGAGGAUACAGCUAAACGACUGGAAAAUUUUGGAUUUAUACAAUUCAGACCAGGAGGGGAGUAUCAUGGAAACAACCCAGAGAUGUCGAAAUUGCUACACAAAGCUGUUCGACAGAAGAAUGAAAGUGCCUUUUCUGUUUAUCAGCAGCAUUUAGCUAACCGGCCCGUUAAUGUUCUUCGCGAUCUCAUUGAGUUCAAAAGCGAUCGUGCUCCAAUCCCUGUGGGAAAGGUUGAACCUGCUGUAUCCAUUGUUCAACGAUUCUGCACUGGUGGUAUGUCACUUGGAGCUAUUUCCAGAGAAACUCAUGAGGCUAUAGCCAUUGCAAUGAAUAGAAUAGGUGGAAAGUCCAAUUCUGGAGAAGGUGGUGAGGAUCCUAUUCGCUGGAAACCACUUGCAGAUGUUGUUGAUGGGUAUUCACCGACCCUUCCACAUCUAAAAGGUCUUCAAAAUGGAGAUACUGCUACAAGUGCUAUCAAGCAGGUUGCUUCAGGACGUUUUGGAGUCACUCCAACCUUCUUGGUCAAUGCCGAUCAGCUGGAAAUCAAAAUUGCACAAGGGGCGAAGCCUGGUGAAGGUGGCCAACUGCCUGGUAAAAAAGUUAGUGCAUACAUUGCAAGGUUGAGAAACUCGAAACCUGGGGUUCCACUUAUAUCUCCACCCCCACACCAUGACAUUUAUUCUAUAGAGGAUCUUGCCCAAUUGAUCUAUGACCUUCAUCAGGUGAACCCUAAAGCUAAGGUGUCAGUGAAACUUGUGGCUGAAGCUGGAAUUGGCACUGUUGCUUCUGGGGUCGCAAAGGGUAAUGCUGAUAUCAUACAGAUAUCAGGGCAUGAUGGUGGAACUGGGGCCAGUCCUAUAAGUUCCAUUAAGCAUGCUGGUGGGCCCUGGGAACUAGGACUCACAGAAACACACCAGACACUCAUAGAAAAUGGACUUAGAGAACGAGUCAUUCUUAGAGUUGAUGGUGGCUUUAAAAGCGGAGUUGAUGUUCUAAUGGCUGCAACUAUGGGUGCUGAUGAGUACGGGUUUGGGUCUGUGGCAAUGAUUGCUACAGGUUGUGUUAUGGCCCGCAUUUGCCAUACGAAUAAUUGUCCUGUUGGUGUAGCCAGCCAGAGAGAGGAACUGCGUGCUCGAUUUCCUGGCGUGCCUGGUGAUCUAGUCAACUUUUUUUUGUAUGUUGCCGAAGAGGUAAGAGGCAUGUUGGCACAGUUGGGAUAUGAGAAGUUAGACGAUAUAAUUGGACGGACAGAUUUGUUUAGACCACGAGAUAUAUCUCUAAUGAAAACACAGCAUCUUGAUCUCGGUUAUAUUCUAUCAAAUGUCGGGUUGCCAAAAUGGAGCAGUACCAUGAUCAGGAAUCAGGAUGUUCAUACUAACGGUCCUGUUCUGGAUGAUAUUUUACUUGGAGAUCCAGAGAUAUCAGAUGCAAUUGAGAAUGAAAAAGUGGUUCAGAAGACUGUAAAGAUAUACAAUGUGGAUCGUGCUGUUUGUGGGCGUAUAGCAGGGGUGGUUGCCAAAAAGUACGGUGACACUGGUUUUGCUGGGCAGCUGAACAUAACCUUUACAGGGAGCGCUGGGCAAUCAUUUGGUUGCUUCUUGACUCCUGGGAUGAAUAUUCGACUUGUUGGAGAGGCAAAUGAUUAUGUGGGAAAGAGUAUUUCGGGGGGAGAAUUGGUUGUCACUCCGGCAGAGAAUACGGGAUUUUGCCCUGAGGAUGCAACUAUUGUAGGGAAUACCUGCUUGUAUGGUGCAACUGGGGGUCAAAUCUUUGUUAGAGGGAAAGCCGGAGAGCGAUUUGCUGUAAGAAACUCUCUUGCGCAAGCAGUGGUUGAAGGCGCUGGAGACCACUGUUGUGAAUACAUGACUGGUGGCUGUGUAGUUGUACUUGGAAAAGUGGGUAGAAAUGUUGCUGCUGGAAUGACUGGAGGUCUGGCAUACUUUCUUGAUGAGGACGAUUCUUUCAUCCCCAAGGUAAAUAGGGAGAUUGUGAAGAUCCAAAGAGUCAAUGCUCCUGUGGGGCAGAUGCAGCUAAAGAGCCUUAUUGAAGCCCAUGUUGAAAAAACUGGAAGUGGCAAGGGCUCUGUUAUUCUGAAAGAGUGGGACAAGUACUUGCCACUGUUCUGGCAGCUGGUUCCCCCUAGUGAAGAAGACACUCCAGAGGCGUGUGCAGACUAUGUGAGAACAGCUGCUGGUGAAGUGACUUUGCAGUCUGCUUAGAGUAAUGUUAUCACAGUGCUUUGAGUCAGAUAGAAAACCUAAAAGCUCCAACUCACCCUGUAUAGAUCAUAGAAGAAACGUAAUUGUUAUAUUGGAAAACCCUGUGCUAAUUACACUGGGAUUUGGGAGAGGGCCUUAGCAGAGAUGGUCACCAAAAUAGAAGAGGAACACCAUUCCCCGGGGGACAGUGUAGUGCAGUUGUAUAGUGAGUGAUUGUGGCCUAAAUUGUAAAUUCAAGCUUGUUCAUCAUGUUCUUUUCUAAACAAAGCUUGAUGUUGAAAAUUCAAGCAUGGUGUGAUUGUCAUCCUUAGUUGAUUUCUGUCAAUGAAAGGAAAUUCACUUUGA